UGGCAGCUCCCCCAUCUGUUACUGAGCUGAAAGUGUUCAGGAAACAGGAGAAUUGCUCUCCAUACAGCUGAUUAGCCAGACUAAGGGAGGACACAGUAUACAAUCACUCACCAUUAUUUAUAGAUCUUAGACAAUGUGGAGAUAAUGAGGGGACACUCCUAUAUAGAAGCAACUCACUCUAUGUAUUUGUCAACAGUGCAAGCGAAUUAUAAGUGCAAGCAAUUAUUGCCCAAAAUGUGCAAUGAACAGUAACGAAACCUUAAAACAUCUACUAUUCGGUAUAAUACUGUAAUAUAUUUUUGAAACAGGAAGAGUUCAUUUGCAGAGGCAAAUUUCCAAGCUGCAUCAGAGAUUUAGUAACGCUGUAUAAAGGACUGAUUAGAUUACAAAUUGCAAUGUCAUUAUUAUGCUACUUUCCACCCAGUCCCCGGAUAAAUGCCUUUCUGAAGUCCAGUGGAUUAAAACCAAGGAAAGAAACGAAAGGGGAUAUGAGCUUUAAGUCUCUCCUCUGUCACUGAUUAUCUCUGCCAGUAGAUGGCUUCCCAUGCAUUUUCCAAAAGAAAGCUCCGCUUGCUGCAACACCAGAGUACUUCCCCAGCUCCUGCUAUUGUUUUGCUGUGUGAGCAGGUGAACAAAUGACAUACGGAGGAUUCUGCCUAUAAAAUCACAGGCUACCAGAUAGCUGCUCAUUUCAAAUCCACACUGCAAGGCAAGGCAGUUGCAGAUCAGAGUCAGAGUUAAGGCUGCCUUUCUCUUCAGGAAAUGGAUUCUACAAAAUAUUGACCGUACACCCUAUUUAAAUUUGGCAUCUUCCCCUAGAGAGGACUUUGUCCUUUCGGUUAGAGAUUCUGACAGAUGAAUAUGAAGAGCAAGUGAAGAAGCCCUAGGAAUGUUCCUUGAGAAGAGCAAGUUUAAAGGACUUUAAAAACAGGUGGCACGAGGCUGAGCCUGAAGCUGUUUACUUCUGUUUUCAUUUUUUAAAAUCCCAUGAAGAUAAAAUACCGAUUACUUGGUGGGAGAAUAAAAAAGAAGGCUGCCGACAAUGAAUCCAGAAGGCUGUCUUUUACUGGACUUGGAAGCAGACUUUGCCCAUACCAGCUCAUGCCUGAAUCAGAGCUCCAACCAUUCUAGCGAGGACUGGUUCUAUCCUGGGGUGACCUAUGCCAUCGUUCCUGUUUAUGGGAUCAUCAUUCUUAUAGGACUCAUUGGAAAUAUCACUUUGAUCAAGAUAUUUUGCACAGUCAAGUCCAUGAGAAAUGUCCCCAACCUGUUCAUCUCCAGUCUGGCUUUGGGGGAUUUGCUACUGUUGGUGACGUGUGCCCCGGUGGAUGCCAGUCGAUUUCUUGCAGAUAAAUGGCUUUUCGGACGGGUGGGCUGUAAGCUGAUUCCUUUUAUACAAUUAACCUCCGUGGGGGUGUCUGUUUUCACCCUGACGGCGCUUGCAGCUGACAGGUAUACAGCAAUAGUAAGGCCUAUGGAUAUUCAAGCCAGUAAUGCUCUGACCAAGAUUUGUAUCAAAGCUGCGCUCAUCUGGAUUUUGUCCAUGACUCUCGCCAUCCCAGAAGCAGUAUUCUCUGACUUGCACCCUUUUUAUGACAAGGAAAUCAAUAUAACGUUUGUGAGCUGUGCGCCCUACCCUCACUCCGACGGACUGCACCCCAGAAUCCAUUCGACAUCGUCGUUCCUAAUUUUCUAUGUUAUUCCGCUUUCCAUCAUUUCUGUGUAUUACUAUUUUAUUGCAAAGAAUUUGAUCAGAAGUGCAUCCAACAUGCCCGUGGAAGGAAAUGUACACGUGAGGAGACAGAUUGAAUCCCGGAAGCGACUUGCGAAAACCGUAUUGGUGUUUGUUGGACUCUUCGCUUUCUGCUGGCUGCCCAUCCACAUCAUCUAUUUAUAUAGGUCUUAUCAUUACUCGGAAGUAGAUACUUCUGUAUUGCAUUACAUUAGCAGCAUCUUUGCCCGGGUCUUGGCUUUUACAAAUUCUUGUGUCAAUCCUUUUGCCCUUUAUUUGCUUAGUAAGAGCUUCAGAAAACAAUUCAACAACCAACUUUUCUGCUGCCGGCCAAGACUCAUAAUAAGGACACAAAGCAUGGGCAGAAGUACAACCAGGAUGACUUCUCUCAAAAGCACUAACCACUCCAUGGCUAGUUUUAGUCUUAUUAAUGGGAAACACAUCUGUCACGAGGGCUGUGUAUAGUAAAUAUGUGAAUGUGGACUUCAAAGGACAUUGAUCUACCUGCAAAGCACCUCCAUUGAAUUGUUUGGUUUUGUUAAAACAUAUCUGUAUAUAUUGGAUGUAUUUGUUUGGUCCACUGGACGGGAUAUUUGUGCAAAUUGUCAUGUUUCAGUAUAUUGGUUUCCUAGUGUACUUGCUGCUAUGGAGGACUUGUCAGAUACUUGCAGGAAAUGGCUCAGGUUAAAGAUUUGCAGCAGGCACAAUUUACGGGCCUUGCCAAGAUCUAAAUGAUAGUGGAUAUUUAAAAUAAUGUAUUUAUUUUCUGUAUACAGUGACUACAUUAAGGCUCAUAGCACACAUAGGGGUGUAUUUAUCAAAGGAUGGACAUUCACUUUCUAUUGACUUGUAUAGAAUUUUAGUGCCAUAUUUAUAAUUUAUUUUGCAUGAGGCCCACAUCAAAAAAUAAAAUAGGGGCACCACGCCAUAUGUAUUCAGUAAUUCGAAUGUAAAGUAGACUUACGGAAGAUCCCACUGUCCACCCCAGUCGAAAGGUGUGUGCCAACAACAGAAAAAUAAAGGUAUAUAAAAAUGAAUUAAAAGUACAAAACCAUUUAUUAGGACACAAAAAGAUGGCCUAAUGCAUUCCGUGCCUUUUCGGGCACUUACUCAUAGGCUAUAAGUAAAUGCCCUAAUGUGUUUCGUGCCUGUUGAGGCACUUACUCAUAGGCUAUAAGUAAGUGCCCUUCAUUCAUUUUGUUUUUGAAUUUUUGGGAAAUCUCAUUAUAUACCUUUAUUUUUCCAUAUUUAUCACCCUCAAAUACACCCUAAAAAAAUCUCGUACAAAUGAAGACGGUUGUGUAAGCUUAGUUUUACCCUUUGAUAAAUAUACCCUGAUGUGUCUUCUCCCUGGUGUAUUUCCACCGGCUGUGACAGGUGGUUGCCAUUCGUGCAAGGACAGGAACAGGGAUGGAGCUAUUAGUCUAAAGAGUUCAGAGUUGUACAGAAUAUUGUUUACUGUCUCUAAUCUAAUCGAUGCUCUUGCUUUGGGAUUGCAGUGCAGUGCAUUGAAAUCCUUUCUGUUCUACAAGGAUUUCUUUAAGGAUCUUUCAUCUGAAAACUUGUGAGAGCAGAGCAUGGCAAUUGAAUAGGAACUGUGUAAACUGAUGAAUGUCGAUGAGAACAGGUUUAUUGUUUUCAUUAUAUGUCUUAAAAUGUGUUAAACAAAGAACUGAAAACUAAAAUAAACUUGUAAAACGGAGUGUUGUGUAAAUAUGGUAGUUAAGCAUAAAUGUAAGGAAUUUAUUGUACUUCAUUCUAGAUGGAAUACCCAGCAAGAUAAUAGAAGUCCCUAGACUGAGUAUAACCCUAAUUAAUAUGGUUUAUCGUUGAACGCUUUUUUAUGUCAGCACAUUUAACUGCUAUGGCUGCUCAGACCUUGAGGGAUGUUGUUAAAUUUGAUAGCUGAGAGCUCCCAGAGCAGUUGCGGGUUGGCACGGCAUAAUAAUGAGCACAUGGGCUUCCCCGGUUGAACAAGCAUUGAGAAAGUUUAUAUCAAAUGGAUCUACUGAGAAGUAAACUAUGGGGAAAGAACAUUUGCUGCCUAUGGGAAUCAGUACUCAUAGACAUUUUUAGUCGGUUUAUUCCAAUCUUUUUCAUGAUUCUUUUUCCCAUUUUUGCCGCUGGUAACUUCAUGAUCUCUCAAAGUAAUGUACUGCCAUGCUGUAGUAGCAUUAGUGCAUUUACACUCAGUGGUUUGUACAGGUCCUUGCUGGUAUCAUACGCCACUUCCGGAGUCAGGGACAGGCAGGGGUCAAACAUGGAAUAUCAGCACAAGGAAUAAUACCAGAAAGCACCAAGGAACAAGAAAGAACCUUUACAUUGAGCAGUGAGAAAUAGCCCAAGGCCCCUUUAAAUACUCUAAAUUUGCGCCACUGCGAGAUGACAUCACAUGGCGCUCCAGGUAAAGCAGAAGAACUGGCCACUAAGGGAGAGCAGGCGGCCCCACCGCCUACCAGUUAUGUUUAUUACACCAGGCCUGCCCGCACCCAACCCUAACCCGAAAAACUUUACCAUUGUGGGACCCACAUCUGAGGCCUAAGGCAUAGAGAAGGGGCAGACAAUAUUUGAUUGACAGCUGCGAUUUUUAAAUGAG